AAGAUGAUGAUCUGAAGGUGUUGCACAGAAAGUUGCCCCCAACAUGGGAGGUGCAGCGGAUACGAGUGGAUUGCGGUAGUCGGCGAAUGAUUAUUUGAACACAACCCGAUGUAUUAUACUGUGCCGUUUUGAUCCGAUUUCAAUCUAAAGACUGUAAAUAGACUCCUUUCAACUUCCCUGUCGAAAAUCAUCCAGAACAGACACCAGUUUAAGCCACGGCGGAGCAAGUUGAGUGUAUGUUUAUCUCUGGUCUUAAAAGCACAGUGUGUGUUCAGUUCGUAUGAAGCUUUUAUUUCCAUAAAGACUUGAAUAAUGUCAACGACAUCGCUGGAUAAAGAGCUACAGGAGCGUCUGAGAGAGGCCAGUGCCAUCGGAGACAUCGAGGAGGUGAAGACUUUAGUGGAGAGCGGAGUCAACAUCAACUCUCAGAAUGAGAUUAACGGAUGGUGGGAUUCAUUAGGGUUGGAGCUCGAGGGCCAAAUGGAAGAGGAAGACGUGCCUGAGGUGAAGGAACCAGAGUUGCCAAUCAUUCCGAACUAUCUUUCCAACCCGCCCUUCCUGUACAGCAAGAUGGAUAACGACAGCCUGAGCAUAGCACAGCAGAACGGCACCAACAAUCAUCCAGAGCCCCUGGAGUCAGAGCCAGCGACUUUAUCGCCGACACAAGAGCAGCAGCUUCCGCCUCAGCAUCAGCAGCCCAAGAGCCUUUACUCAGACAGCCAGAGCCAGCAGGAGUUAUCCUACAUCCCCAUGCUGGAGCAGAAUGGCGUGGUGAACGGCGGCCUGCCCAUGGAGCUCUCGUCAGAGACUCAUCACACCAACCAUUGCGAGUUUACACACCCUCAUCCUAUAGCACAGAACGGCCCAGUGUGUCCCACGCUUCCUUCUCCCAGCGGAAGCAGCGGCCAGCCGCAGGUCUCAAGCGCCAGCGUCACCCGGCAGCAGUCCAUCCCGCAGCAGAUCAACUGCUCCCAGCUCGGUGGAUCCAUGCCGGCCUUCCAGCCCUUCUUUUUCACCAGCACUUUUCCUGUUAACGUACAAGAGCUUGUCCUGAAGGUGCGCAUCCAGAACACCAACGUCAGAGAGAACGACUUCAUCGAGGUGGAGCUGGACCGGCAGGAGCUGACGUACCGCGCACUCCUCCGCGUGUGCUGCCGCGAGCUGGACAUCAGCGCAGAGCACGUGGAGAAGAUCCGCAAGCUGCCCAACACUAUGCUCAGAAAGGAUAAAGACGUGGCACGGCUACAGGAUUUCCAGGAGUUGGAGGUGGUGCUGGAGAAAACCGAAAGCUUGUCUCUGUUCUCCGGAGGUCAGGGAGGUCUGACCGACAGGCCCUGCUACAACAUGAAGGCCUCCAGGCUCACCUACUAGCUUCACAUUCGAGACUCGGAGAGGUUUAUCUGGGACCUGCUUCCUGAAAUCCCAAACACUUUUCAGAUCCCAAAAUAUGCUCCCGUGUUGGGUUGGUAAAUGGUUCAUACAAGAUGUUAGCCUUAUUCCUCCUCUCCUUCAUUAACAGAUGUAUCUUUAGUGCCUCCUCCUCCAUUGUAACCAUAGAUAACUUGUUCUACAGCUUUGACUUGCUCUGGGGUGGAUGGGGUUUUCGAUUUGAAUAUUCAAAUCCAUUCAGCUCACGACGGGACUUUCCCACUUUUCCCAUCCAAUCCGUCCCACUGCCUUGCCUUCAUAUCGGCUCACUGUGUGAGAGUAGGCAUUUCAUUAUACAUCCAACAAAUGUAUACUGUCCUAUCACAAGAGGUCUGUCCAACAUGCUGGCCAAUCAGUUGUGUAGUGGUUUGUACGCCUGCAUUGAUUGGAAGAAGCCACGCUAAUUUCAUACCAAGGCUUCGAAAUCAAAAAAGGUUUUGUUUGCCAGACAACUCUCUGUGCACUUUACCAAAACCUUGCCAUUAUGAGGGAAGCGUCCUUUAUAUUUAACCCUUGAGAAUUCAGUGCUGUAUUUUGAAUGCAGUUCUCUCAGUCACUGUAAGCCAAAUAACUCGUUCUAUAAACUAGCAUGGACUGUUUGGAGUAGAUCGGCCUCGUGUAUGAACGCAAAAUGUCCUUGUUUCUCUUGAACUUAAUAAUGUAGCAAAAGAUUUCUCAGUUUUCCCCUAGGAGGAGCUGAAUUGGAGAUGAGUAAUAGGAUAUUUAACCACGGAGAGCUUCCAGUCAGCUUCAUAUUGACUCCCCUUGAGUGCUUGGUUCUCACAUAUUUGAGAAGCAGGAUCUGUGUUCAAGAUAUAGAGGUAAUAGUAGUGCCAUUUUACUAAACACUUCGCUGCAUUGUUGAUUAUGAACAUAAAAUACAUUUCUGCUCGCAGUUUUGGUGGGGAAUGCUUGAGGUUAGGUUUAGAAGCGGCGCAUAUACACUGCUUUGUUGUAAAUUAGCUUUUUGACUCAAUAGAGUUUGUGUUACUGUGAGAAGAAGUUCUAAAGAUUUGUCUUACGAGUUGUUUUUAGUUUUCUCUGAGGGUUUGACUGUCUAACCAAGCAUAAUAUCAUUAAACAUUUGUUAACAAUAUGCUACUAUUGUUGAGAUCUAACAUUAGCCCCUUGGAAAGACACUGAUAAAUUAUUGACAUUAAGUUAUGGAGUUUUUAGUAUUAUAUAAUACUAGAA